AGUUCUUUUUUUUGCUCCAUUCCUACUUUGACGAGCUCCAUGAGUUGUCCAUGGAGCAGUUGAAGUCCGCCGUUUGGACUCCUCUGGAACGAAGAUGUCUCUAUCUCCUUCAACGGACCAAGAAUACCAGACUCGCUCUCCUCCAAAUCCACGCCUUCAUGCUUCACAACGCUCUUGACCUCAAUGUCAAUCUCGUCACCAAGCUCGUCGCCAGCUGCGCCUGUCCCGCGUCCGUGGCCUCUGAUUCCGACCCGCUCGCCGGGUUACGCCAUGCUCGUCUCUUGUUCGAUAAAAGUCCCCACAGAGACGAUGGGUUUCUCUGCAACGCCAUGAUCAAAGCCCACGUGGGUCUGCGCCAGUUUGACGAAGCUCUUGUCCUUUACCGAGAUCUCCGGAGGAACAGCGGCUUUUCACCCGAUAACUUCACGUUCACAGCUUUGGCUAAGUGUUGUUGCUCGUUAGCUGUGUCCUGUUGGGAAGGGCUGCAGGUGCAGUGCCAUGCUGUUAAAAUGGGGUUUUCGUCGGACUUAUACGUGUCCACGGCGUUUGUCGAUUUGUAUGCGAAAUGGGGGAGCGUGGAAGCUGCGAGGAUGUUGUUUGAUGACAUGAGUGUGAGGAGUCUGGUGUCGUGGACGGCUCUGAUAGGUGGUUAUGCGAGGAUUGGGGAUAUGCAAAAUGCGAUGAAGCUGUUCAAGGAAAUGCCUGAGAAGGACUCUGCAGCAUUUAACUUAAUGAUUGAUGGCUAUGUUAAGUUGGGAGAUAUGGACCCAGCCAAAGAUUUGUUUGAUGAGAUGCCAGAGAGGAACGUGGUUUCUUGGACUACCAUGAUUAAUGGGUAUUGCAACAUUAGUGACUUAAAAUCUGCUCGCUCACUCUUCGAUGCCAUGCCAGAAAAGAAUCUAUUUUCAUGGAAUGUGAUAAUUAAUGGAUAUUGCCAAAAUAAACAGCCCCAUGAAGCUUUGCGAUUGUUUUAUGAGAUGCAGUCAACUGCAUUGGUUGAGCCUGAUGAAGUCACUCUUGUAUGCGUUCUUCCAGCUAUAGCUGAUCUGGGUGCUGUAGAUUUAGGCAAUCGGGUUUACAGGUUUGCUGAAAAGAAACUUGACCGAGCAAGCAAUGUGGGCACGGCACUUGUGGAUAUGUUUGCUAAAUGUGGUGAGAUUGGUAAAGCCAAAAAAGUGUUUAAUGUGCUGCAUGAAAGACAAGUAGCUUCUUGGAAUGCUUUGAUAAAUGGGCUUGCAGUCAAUGGCCGUGGCAAAGAAGCAUUGCAAAAAUUCCUAGAGAUGCAACAGCAGGGGGUCCCACCAAAUGAUAUAACGAUGAUUGGUGUUCUAUCCGCAUGUAAUCACGCUGGUUUAGUGAAGGAAGGGAAGAAGUGGUUUAAAGCAAUGGAUGAGUUUGGGCUUGCCCCUCGGAUUGAGCACUAUGGUUGUAUGGUAGAUCUAUUAGGUAGAGCAGGAUAUUUGGAAGAGGCUGAAAAUAUAAUCAAAAGCAUGCCCUAUGAGCCUAAUGCAAUAAUAUGGAGCUCCUUCUUAUUUGCUUGUGGAUACUUCAAGGAUGUGAUAAGAGCGGAGAGAGUUAGAAGCAGAACAGUAAAUAUGGAGCCUCAGAAUGAUGGGAACUACAUUAUGUUGAGAAACAUAUAUGCAGCGGAGAAGAGAUGGACUGAUGCAGAGGAGAUUAAGAGGUUAAUGAGUACGAAUGGAGCAAAUAAGGAAACUGGUUGCAGUGUUAUUGAGAUUGAUGGGAGAAUGAGCGAGUUUUUGGCUGGAAACAGAUUGCACCCACAUUAUGAGAUUAUCCAUUCAAUGUUGGGUCAAUUAUUGAAGCAUAUGAGGGGACAAGUCAUUGACCAAGCACUAUGUUGAUGGCAAUGCACAGUGCAGGAUGAUUAAUGGGGUUACACUUGGCACUUCAUCACAAAUUGGACAGUGGAAAGAAUUUCCCCUCCUCAUGGUUGAGUCUCUGUAAUAGCUCUGGUGAUAAAUCUCCAUAUUUGUCAGUCCGUCAAGAUUCAUUGUCAACAUCUAUAUUUCACCUUCACCAAAUUACUGGAACACCAUGGAAUCUUGUACUCUGGAUGAAGGCCUCAAGUCAUGGACGAAAGAUGAAACUUGAAGCAUGGUCUGAGUUUCCUGUGGGAUUCUUGAAAUUAUUGGAUAUACUUGAUGAAGAGAAUGCAGUACAAAAGAGAACUGAUGAGAGGAUUUGGUGGAGACAUUUCCAGAUGGUGAAAAAACAAUGGAGCAAGUUAAAACCAAGUCAUCAAUUUGAAUGACAAUGUGGGAGGGAGCAAUUUAUCAUGCACUUGAAAGAGUAUACUCAUUCUGUCAGAAAGUGGGAGUUGAGCAGUAUAUAAUGUGUUCACGUAACUUUUCGACGAUUGCAUGCAAGGGACAUGAUUCGUACAUGUUGGGUUGUCACGAUAAAGGUUGAUUUUUUAGAGUGUGUGGACCAAUGAUUAGUCUAAUGAUAGGGAAGCAUUAUGCCAUAAAACUGGUGUAGUCUGCUUCCAUUUUUUAAGAAGAAACUACAUGGUAGGCCUAAGAAGCCAAGGAGAGACCAGAUGUGUCGAGAACUAGUUUGAGGAAACCACAAAAGCUGUACAUGAAAGCGCAGACGUAUUUAGGGUGUGGAUUAUGCUCCCAACUUGAGCAUAUCAGAGGACUUUUGAAACUGGGAGACUAUUGAGUAAUGGCAGACCAAAGCUGCACAGGAUGGAGUCAGUUACAGCCUAAUUUCAAUUCUUCUGGAUGGUGUGGAUAAUUAAUCGAGCCUACAGUGAAGGCAGUCCAGCCCCUUAGCCAACUAACUCAAGCAGGUCCAGAGUCAGGUUCAAAGUAUUCUAUAAAAAGAAUAAGAUAGGACCGAGGUUAAUCACCACUGCUUUACAACAGAGACUGGAUAGAGUUAAAAACCCUGGAUGAAGCGGGAAAAGUCAAAUUCGUGAAUGUUUCAGGGACAUUUCCACUUCUGUUUGGGUGACAUCCUAAAGUACAUAGACCCUUACUUGGAGAAUGAAGCUUCAACAGAGAAUGUGGCAACAGAAACGGCUUGUCAUAGUCGGACCACAUGGAUUCAGAAUUUGUACCAAACAAUGGUUUGGCUGUUCGAGUUUGAGAAUUAGUCACUGUUGGGAUGCAUGGACUAGUAAGAAUUCCUAGUUUGCGCAGGAAUAGGGAAGAAGGAGGAGAGAAAUGAUCUUUCUUUCGCAGGCAGGAGAUUGAAUUUAUGUAGGUGAUAUGGUACUUGAUGUUCAGUGUUGUGUGGCUUGCUUGGUGAUGUUACUCACUGGAAUGACUUGGAUGUUGUGAUAUACACAGAAAGAUAACAUUCCUCUUCCCUGAGGGCUUUCGCGAAAUUUUCUGUAUGUUAUCCCUUUAUGUUGGAUAGCUAGGACAUUCUAGCAUCAGUUAAAUGAGUCUUGCUCUUAAAAGAUCCCCGAGACUAUUCAGGUACUUCAAGUUUGUUAUAUUCAGGUUUGGGCCUAUUAACACGAAAUCUUGGAGGUAUGGAAGCCUCAUUGAGUGACAAUAUGGGGAUACUAAUAGAUAUUCCGAAGUUUACCAAGUCGAUAAUCUGCUGGUGUAAAUUCUUUGAGUACUAAGAAGGCAUCAUUAUAAUAAUACCGGGUGCCCUUGGUCUUGUCAUCACCUUUCAGUGUAUGCACUUUUUGUAUUGCUAAUUCUUAGCCAAAUGAAAUCUGUUAAAUUUUUGUGACUUAAAAGCUUAAGUCAAACCAGGCUGCCUUCUUUUACUUCAUUCAUGGGAUGAUGGUGCUGUCACAUUUUGCAGAGUAGCCUACUGAUGUCUAUCCCAAGGGAAGCCUUGGCCCUUGCCAUGCAUAGACUUUGAAGAUGGAUCAAGAAAGUUCUCGUGAGGUUCCAUAUGAAACCUUGACCUAAAAAUAAUCAACUAAUCCUCUUUCAUGUCCAGUUCUGCUUACUCUCCAAAUUUGCAGAAAUCUGAAUAUGCCAUUAAGCGAUGCAUAAAUGUUAAGGGUCUCAAUCCCAUCUUGUUUUGGUCAUCAUGUCAAAGUGCCCUUAGGUGAUGUGAAGA